GUUUCCGGCCAGUUCCGAAUGGCGGCAGUAGUACUUCCGGGUCGUCGCGUCCGUGGCUGAACCCGGCGGCGUUGCCCGGGACUCCGUGAAGCGAUACCCCCCCCCCCACGCCGGCACACACGCCCCACGCCUGAGGGGGGGGACACGGGGACGGUAACGACGGCGGCGCCCGCUCGGCCCGUAAGUCCAGAUCGGGCCUCGCCUCCUCCUCCUGGACUCCAGGUCCCAUGGUAAAGAAGACGCUGGUCCAGCAUGGCUCGGAGGAGAUAGUAGGGGAAGGCAGCGGAACCUGGGUUAGGAGGAUGGCUUUCUUGGAUAACCCGGCUAUUAUCCUGGCUCACAUCCGGCAGUCGCAUGUGACCAGCGAUGACACGGGGAUGUGUGAAAUGGUCCUCAUUGACCACGAUGUCGACCUGGAAAGAUUCCAUCCGGCUUCGGCCAACGGGGACGACAGCUCGGAAGUACCAAGCAGCAACGGCGAACCUCAGGGUUACGUGUACUCUCAGUCCGUGGACAUUACUUCGAGCUGGGACUUCGGCAUUCGAAGGCGUUCAAAUACAGCUCAGAGACUGGAGCGGCUCAGAAAAGAGAGGCAGAAUCAGAUCAAGUGCAAAAACGUGCAGUGGAAAGAGAGAAAUGCCACCUGUUCUGCCGAGGAGCUAAGCCGCCUUUUUGAGAAGAAGAACUUCAGGGUGAAGCCUGCCCACGCGCCUCCGGAGAAGCCCUCCACCCUCUCGGUCCGGCUGGAGCAGUGUCCUUUGCAGUUGAAUAAUCCCUUCAACGAAUACUCCAAAUUCGAUGGCAAGGGCCACAUUGGCACAACCCCAACGAAAAUAAUUGACGUCUACCUCCCUCUCCACACCAACCAGGAGAAGUUGCAGCCCAUGACUGUGGUGACGAUUGCCAACGCCAAGGUGCAGGAUUUGAUCGGGCUCAUCUGCUGGCAAUACACCAGCGAAGGACGGGAACCCAAGUUGAACGACAACGUCUGUGCUUACUGCCUUCAUAUUGCCGAAGACGAUGGGGAAGUUGACACGGAUUUCCCACCCUUGGAUUGCAAUGAACCCAUUCACAAGUUCGGCUUCAGUACUCUGGCCUUGGUCGAGAAGUAUUCAUCUCCAGGCUUGGUGGCCAAGCAGUCCCUUUUUGUCCGAAUAAAUGCUGCACAUGGAUUCUCCCUGAUCCAGGUGGAGAGCCUGAAGGUGACCAUGAAGGACAUUUUGCAGAAGGCUCUGAAGCGAAGGAAGAGUUCGCAGCGCGGCUCAGGGCCUCAAUACCGCCUGGAGAAGCAGAGUGAGCCCAACAUUCCCAUCGACUUAAAUUGUACCUUGGAGAGCCAAAACACUCUGGAAUUUUGCCUCGUCCGGGAGAAUAGCGGAGGCUCGAGAGGGGAGGAGAUCUCGGAAGAAGACCCCCAGAUCGACAUCGCCACCGUCCAAGACAUGCUGAGCAGCCAUCACUACAAGUCUUUCAAAGUCAGCAUGAUCCACCGACUCCGCUUCACCACGGACGUUCAGUUAGGUAUUUCCGGUGACAAGGUGGAGAUAGAUCCGGUGACCAAUCAGAAAGCCAGCACCAAGUUCUGGAUUAAGCAGAAGCCGAUCUCCAUCGAUUCGGAGCUCCUGUGCACCUGCGACCUUGCCGAAGAGAAGAGCCCAAGUCAUGCAAUAUUUAAGCUCACCUAUCUCAGCAACCACGAUUACAAGCAUCUCUACUUUGAGUCCGAUGCUGCCACCGUCAACGAGAUCGUGCUGAAGAUGAACUACAUCCUGGAAUCCCGGGCCAGCACAGCCCGAGCGGAUUACCUGGCCCAGAAGCAAAGGAAACUGAGCCGCCGGACCAGUUUCAGCUUCCAGAAGGAGAAGAAAACGACGGGGCAGCAAUGAAGGCUGGGAUGGCCUGGAGCCGACUGCAGGGACCCUGUCCGCUCCCAGGGCUGAGCAGGGGAUGCCCUCACUCGCCUGGGACCUG